ACCCCCGGGACAGGGCGGGACGGGGCGGGACGGGACCGGGGUUGCCCGGGCCGGCGGCUGAGGGGAGGCGGCAGCGGCCAUGGCGGACUGCGAGAUGGGGUCGGUGCCCAAGGCGCCACGGGAUCGAGAUGACUCCAAUGCUGGCCUUGGUGUGUGUGGAUGGAUUCUGGUGAUAAUUUCUUAUAUUUUCACUCUUGUUACGUUUCCCAUAUCGAUCUGGAUGUGCAUCAAGGUUGUAAAGGAAUAUGAGCGAGCCAUCAUCUUCAGACUUGGACGCAUCUUAAGAGGUGGAGCAAAGGGACCGGGUUUGUUUUUUGUCCUGCCCUGCACAGACAGCUUCAUCAAAGUUGAUAUGAGGACCGUCUCUUUUGAUAUUCCACCCCAAGAGAUCUUGACCAAGGACUCUGUGACAGUUAAUGUAGAUGGAGUGGUUUAUUACAGAGUUCAGAAUGCUACCCUUGCUGUAGCAAAUGUCACAAAUGCUGGCUCAGCCACGCGUCUUUUAGCACAGACUACCUUGAGGAACGUUCUGGGGACCAAAAACCUCUCUCAGAUUCUCUCUGAUCGUGAAGAAAUUGCACACAGCAUGCAGGUUACGCUUGAUGACGCAACAAAUGAUUGGGGCAUUAAGGUGGAACGUGUGGAGAUCAAGGAUGUGAAAUUACCUGUACAGCUGCAGAGAGCAAUGGCUGCAGAAGCAGAAGCUGCCCGGGAGGCAAGAGCUAAGGUAAUUGCAGCUGAGGGUGAAAUGAAUGCUUCCAGGGCCCUGAAAGAGGCAUCCAUGGUUAUCACAGAGUCACCCGCUGCCCUUCAGCUGCGCUACUUGCAGACUUUGACCACCAUUGCUGCAGAAAAGAACUCCACCAUCAUCUUUCCAUUGCCCAUAGACAUGCUGAAGGGCAUCAUAAGCGCAAAAGGCUAGAGAGAUACAGUGAGAAGAAGGAAUUCUUUUUCUUUUGCUACAGCGAAUGUUUGCAGCACUGAAUUGUCUGUGUGUUACAGCUUAAGGCAAUGUUAGCCCAGGGGAUUUGUUGAGGAACCCUUUUGUUGUUGUUAUACUGUGUGAUAAAAUGCAUAUGCAAUGUUUGUGAAUAUGGACAAUCAAAAUACUUGAAACUGAAAAUCUCUCCAAGUUAGUAAAAGCAGGUUGUGAUCUUAAGUAAACAUGUAUCCAUACUAUACCAGAUGAGAAAACUAUAUCCUAUAAUCUGUUAUAGGAUAGUAUGCUACAAUCUAUUCUAUAAUCCUAUUUUCAACAAGCAUAUAAAACCAUUUGUGGUGAAGAUGGGGAGAUGAUCCAACAUUUGGAAAGAGAAGUAUUCCUUUUAAUAAUAGGGUCUGUAGUCCUGUAAAGGAAGUGAAACAGCUUUAACUGCACUCUCUUAGAGUGUAGCUAUAUGUGAUGAAGUCAUCUUGAUUGUUGUCAUAUGGAUUUGUUCUCUAGCUUACACUAGGAAAAAGAAGAGAAUUUGACAUAGGAUUGAGAAUACUGGGUACUUCUAAAAAUCAGGCUCAUGCUCCCUAAGAUAGUCCCCUGUUUGUGAGAAACUGUUAUUAGCCAAUGUUACUGAAAUGGAACUUUCCAUCUCUGUUCUGCCACACGGGAAGGCGUAGACAUGCUGUAGUUAAGGCUACAGUAUGCUUGCAGUUACUGAUGGGCCGUUCAGUUGUUACGGUGCUGCACCCGUAUAGAUUUUUAACUCUUAGAAAAGUCACUGUGUCUGCCUUUAUCUGUACAUCUUCUCAAAAAAUGAUUAAAAGAAAAAUAACCAAA